AUGGUCGGCAAGCUGAACUAUUCCAAAUGGGACAAUCUUGAGCUGUCAGACGAUUCAGACAUUGAGGUUCAUCCCAAUGUCGACAAAAGCUCCUUUAUUCGCUGGAAACAGCGUGACAUUCACGAAAAGCGUGAAAUGCGCAAGAUUCGUCGUUCUCAACUUGAAGCGGAGCAUCGCACAAACGAAGCGGUUACGCCUUUACUUACUGCCCUUUGUAAGCAGACAGAUGAAGAGGGAGCGGCAACGUAUUCGCGUGAGGUAUCGCGCCUGGCAGCUGGUCGGCAGGCGCGAGGGAACAAAGACGGUCCCGAUGGCCCCACACUAGAGGACAUUCUCUUAUCUCUGCUUCUCCAGAUCAAUGAAGAACCAAACGUGAAGAAGGCGCAUGGUACAUCUGAUUUGGAUGCUGCUCUUACUACCAGUAUGAAGUCGCAUCUGAUCAAGAUUGAAAAGCGCCAAUCGGAGAUCUCUAGCGAGCUUGCCGAGAUGGACGAAGAGGACGCGCACAAGAUUACUAGUGACAGUCUGCGCGACGGGUGGAACAGUGGACAUGUCAGUAAGGAAAAGCCCUCACCCAUUCCCGAGAACAAGGCAGCAAAGACGAGUCAACAUAUCGAGACACUGAACCCUGGUGCUCUCGCUGGAUCCGCGGCGCCCUCUGCCCCGCCAAGCAAAGACGACUCUGAUGAUGAGGAGGUUCCUAGCGUAACACCCACUAUGAAGUCGUUUGCUAGUCUUCCGUCGUCAAUUGCUUCUCUACCGCUCAGUGCCGAGAGUCUGCCUGCCGAUUUUCUCUCGUCCAAACGGCUCGACCUAUCGGCCUUUGAAAAGAUGUUCCAAUUCAUCGGCUCACACAAGGAAUUGCUGCAUCCUCAGUACGGGACGACGGAUGCCCUUCUUAUGCAGGCAUUUGAGUCUCAAAUGGCGGGCCAAAAAGCCCUUGCACGUAUGUGCACUGAAAAGGCGCUUCUCAUCCAGUAUUGUCUUAAACUUGGUCGAGAUGGCGUUAGCCUCUUUUUCCAGCGGAUGAUGAAUACGGAUGGAAAAGCAGCUGUUCUAUUCUUAAAUGACGUUUUGGCGACAUACACUCGCAUCGCACAGCGAGCCAAGGCCCUCCGUGAACAGCAGCAGGAGAACAGCGAGGGCGUAGAGCAAAUUCAACUUAUGGCACAGGAUCCGGGCACCGUGAUUUCUUUCGAUAUCCCUGAGGGCCCACCGCCCGAGAAAAUACGUCUCGAAGGCGAAGGUGUCGAGCAUCUCGAUGCUAAUGAAGUACGCGAGUGGCUACAGCGUCGGUGGGAUAUUUACAUGAGCUUCGAUGAAGACUUCCGGGAAGCCCUUGCCUCAAAGAACCUAGAUAAGGUAAAUGAAGUGCUUGGCCGUAUGCCUGUCUCAAAGGCAGAGGUCAUUGUUCAGGACCUUGACCGCGCGGGCAUCCUCAACUUUAGCAGCACUGAGGUACGCGAUGAAACCCACGCGUAG